UUUUGAUACUCGUUCGAUUCGUCUUGAUGAGAGCUAAGUUGAAUUAUACCUCACUACUAUAUGGGGAGAUGCUUGUGGAUCUAGUUCUUCAAAUAAGUUUUGUAUCAAAGCCGGGGUUGAGAACUUUAUCCAAAGAACAUUUUUGGCUCUAUUACACAAUAUACGUCCAAUCAUAUUUUUAUCAUUCAUAUAAAAGUCGAUUGGACGUAUAUUGUGGUUCUUCAUCCCGUUCUGAAAAUCGAGCAAGAAAAGCCUUGAGAACAAUUACCGUUAUUUUGGGUACUUUCACUUUAUUUUGGACUCCUUUUUAUGUUUUGGCUACAAUUUAUGGAUUUUGUGAACGUUGUAGUAGUUCUGCUGGUUUCCAAGCGUUAUAUACAGUUAGCUAUAUUCUUUGUUAUAUGAAUUCACCAAUAAACCCACUUUGUUAUGCUGCUGCCAAUCAACAAUUUAAGCGCACUUUUAAAAGAAUUUUGAGGGGGGAUUUACAUAGAAAUUAA